AUGACCGUCCCUGCCGAGCACUCUAUCGAGACCCCUCCGCGGGCGCCCUCUCCCGUCCAUAACUUCGGCACCCUCGCCGUUCACGCCGGAUCUCCCAUUGACCCCGUCACCGGCGCCGUCAUCGAGCCCAUCUCGCUGUCCACGACAUUUGCCCAGACCAGCGUCGGCAAGCCCGUCGGCGUCUACGAGUACUCACGCUCCAGCAACCCCAACCGCGACAAUUUCGAGCAGGCCGUCGCCGCCCUCGAGCACGCAAAGUACGCCCUCGCCUUCUCCUCCGGCUCCGCCACCACCGCCGUCGUCCUCCAGUCCCUUGCCGCCGGCUCUCACGUCAUCUCCGUCUCCGACGUCUACGGCGGCACCCACCGCUACUUCACCCAGGUCGCAAAGGCCCAUGGCGUCAAGGUCACCUUCACCCCCGAGAUCGAGGUCGACAUCUCGGCCCACAUCACCCCAGCCACCAAGCUCGUCUGGAUCGAGAGCCCCUCAAACCCGACCCUCCGCCUCGUCGAUGUCCGCGCCGUCGUUACCCAGGCCCACAAGCACGGCAUUCAGGUCGUCGUUGACAACACCUUCCUCUCCCCUUACGUCCAGAACCCCCUCGACUUCGGCGCCGACAUCGUCGUCCACUCCGUCACAAAGUACAUUAAUGGCCACUCCGACGUUGUCAUGGGUGUCGCCGCCUUCAACUCGGACGACCUCAAGCAACGCCUCGGCUUCCUCCAAAACGCCAUCGGCGCCGUACCCUCUGCCUUUGACUGCUGGCUCGCCCAUCGCGGCCUCAAGACCCUCCAUCUCCGCGCUCGCGAGGCAUCCCGCAACGCCACCGCCGUCGCCACCGCCCUCGAGGCCUCGGACAACGUCAUUGGCGUCAACUACCCCGGCCUCGACUCCCACCCCCACCGCGCUAUCGCCAAGAAGCAGCACCGCGACGGAAUGGGCGGCGGCAUGCUCUCCUUCCGCAUCAAGGGUGGCCACGCCGCCGCCGAGCGCUUCUGCCAGUUCACCCGCAUCUUCACCCUCGCCGAGUCCCUCGGCGGCGUUGAGUCCCUCGUCGAGCUCCCUAGCAGCAUGACCCACGCCGGCAUCCCCAAGGACCAACGUGAGGCCGUCGGUGUCUUUGACGACCUCGUCCGUAUCAGCUGCGGUGUCGAGGACGCCGAGGACCUGCGCCGCGACGUGCUGCAGGCCCUCGACAAGGCUGUUGCCGAGCAGCAGAAUGGCUCCAACGGGUCCAACGGCGUUAACGGACACUAA